GUCUUCAUCUGGUUGUGCCUCGUUCGCGAAAUUAUCCUUGUUAAAAGCACAAGGGUAUCGAGAGGAUUCCUGAUUUACAGAACGGUUUCGGCUACUCGACAAUCAUGCAACUGCUCGAUGUCUUUCUCCUGUUCUUGCUGCCAAAGCGUGAUGAUCCUUUAUACUAGAAGAGAGAAGGAUCUGUGCGUCAAUUUCACAUAUCAGAGAAACGGACUAAAUGUGGAUGUCACGUUGAGUUCGGAUACAAUCAGCACUAGAACAGUCACGAAUUUCAAGGCGUUCCAGUUUUGCGUGUACGUUCCUGGUUGUCUUUUCUCGACCGCGUGUGUCAAAAUCUUGGAGCUCAAUCAAUUUCCUAGCUCGAUUACGGCUUGCCUUCGCCUCGACAUUUACGCCAAGAAACAACUUUGGCAGAUCAAUUACGAUUGCAUAAGCAUAUCAAUGAUGUUGCCGAUUAUGUCAACUAACAACACCGUGAGAAUGACGGAUACGGACGUGAUCGCGGAAACAUCCACGGCAGAAAGCAGCCAGUCAUCGAUGACAGAGCCGAUGACAGCAAUGCCAUCGAGCGAGAUGGCGAUCGUGCAAACGUCGGAAAUGAAUGGCGUGGAAACAAGCGGAGGAUCAGAAGAAGCGGAGGAUAUUACCGAAAUGUUUGAAAUAAUUUCCAACAUUUCAACGCCGAUCAAGUGACAAUCUUUUAAUUGAUUAUAUUGAUGUCCGCAGACGGCGGAAUAUUGAAGAAAAUAAUUAGCGAUAUAAUAAUGGAACUAAAAAUAUCAAAAAAGAAGAAUGUGAGUGUUACGAAACUAUAAAUAUAGCGAGAUGAGCAAAGAUGGUAAAUUAAUACACAGAAAAAAAAGAAGUGUCAAAUCAAGACUUUAUACUCUUAUAUAUACAGCAAUCUAUAAUUUUGAAAUGAGAUUAUAUUGCGUUAA